AUGACAUGUUAUGACACUUUUGGCGGCAAGUGUAGGAUUAAACAGUAUCUGGAGGACGUGAAAGCCGGCCGCUGCGAGAUUAAGAUUGAUGAUGAACCUACUUCGCUGCUGCUGCUGCUUCCGCAUAGGGUGAUACACUAUGUGGACAAUCCCGAUGUAGGGGACGUUGCUCAACUUCACUGGAAGGCAAUGGUGGAGGACUUGUUCAACAAAGGCAAGUGGAAGAAUUGCUUGGCUGUAUGUAACGUCUCGAAGCCCACGAGUCUGCGAGGUCAGGAUGUGUCGGUGGCUUUUGGGUUACUGGUGUCUCAGCUGAGUGAACAGCCCUGGAAAGGAAAGGUCGUCCCUUUCGCUCGAUAUCCUGAUCUGCGUCUGAUACAAGGUGGAAAUGAUCUCAAGUCCCAGUGUGCCUUUCUGAGGGGCAUGGACCACACCGAAACUUGUCCUUUCCACACGGUGCUUGAUUUGAUCCUCCAAGAGGCUGUGAAUGCCAAUUUGAAGCCGGAGCAAAUGAUCAAGAAGGUGCUAGUUUUCACUCAUUAUGGCUUUGAGAUAUCUAAUGCCGACGGUCACUGGCCAACUACUUACCGGGCAAUACAAAGAAAGUUUGAGGAGAAAGGUUAUGGGGAUGCGGUGCCACACAUAGUGUUCUGGCAGUUGUGGAACAAGGGCGCUGCCGGCAACUGUGUCGAGCCUCCUUCAAGAAUACCAGGGGUGACCAUCCUCACCGGCUACUCGGACAAUUUCAUCAAGUUGUUCCUGGAUACUGAGGGGGAAGUUGGCCCCAAGCAUGCCCUGGAAUCCGCCAUCUGUGACAAAGAGUACUUAAAUCUUGCUGUGGUGGACUGA